AUGGUCGCGGCAGCCCUGCGCAAAGUCUGCGAUGCACUGGAGCAGGUUUUCACCAAAUUCUCUAUGGACACGUUCAAGGGCCUACGUGUUAAGCAACUCCCGGCCGUUGUGCUUGUCGUUGCGUCCCCGACGUCCUCGGAGAUCGAGUGCCACGAUUGGGGCUGGAUGAGCGAUCGUCGGCUUAUGCCACACGUCGAGCACUUGCUGAAGAACGCGUACGCUGUGAGGCAGCUGCAGGCACCUGCACCGCAGGUCCGAGUCAAAGCUCGGAAACAGCAAUCAGACGACAUCCAGCGUCCCGAGGCGGAAUCUUACUUCAUGGUCCUAGAGCCCGCCCUGCAGAACACGUUCGGCACUGCGGCGCAGCUGCGAGCCACGAGGGAGGAACUGACGCGGAGUUUUGAGGAAGGGAAGCAGGAAGGGAAGCAGGCAGCCAAGCGGGCAGGGGCACGCAGCAUGGCAGCUGAUUUGCUGGAUGGGGACCUCAGUGAUGCAGAGGGCCUUGAGGAGGAUGUGGUCGACGUGGGCGGCAGAAACGGGCAGACCUGCCACAGAGCAGGGACAUCGGCGGUCGACCAGCAGCAGCUGCAGUGUGCCUUUGAGCGUUUCAACACGCGGAAAAAGAAAGAAGGCAUGUCCGAACUGAGGGCUGCGCUAGCGGAGAUGGGUGUGAGGCUGAGCCGGAAGGAGUUGGGUGCAGCACUCAAGACUGCAGGGUUAUCAUGGGGCCAGCCGACACCGCAGCAGAUGACUGAGGCCUUUCAGCAGUUCGAUCAGCUUCGUGAGAUGUUCGGUGAGGAGGAAGCCAUUGGCAUGGUAACCGGCAUGGCUGGCUUCAAGACAACAGUCGCGACACGCAAGAAGCUUGUUGAUGCUGGGCUAUUGGAGGCACGCAAGCGUGGUCGGCCUGGAUGGGGGCUGAGGUCUGGUCAUGCAGUCAGCACCGUCAGCACUGAUGAUGACGGGGCAUCGUAUUCGAGCACAGGAGAGGACGGGGCUGGAAGCACUUGCAGCAGUCAGAGUGGUGGCGCCGAUGACCUGGACCCUGAUGCACCCUGUGUGGUGGCAGAAGCGGUGGCGGCAGAAACAGUGGCGGCCAAGGUGGCGGCGGCCAAGGUGGCGGCGGCCAAAGUGGCGGCGGCCAAAGCAGCGGCAGCCAAAGUGGCGACGGGCAAAGUGGCGACGGGCAAAAUGGUGGCAGCCAAAGUGGCGACGGGCAAAAUGGUGGCAGCCAAAGUGGCGACGGGCAAAAUGGUGGCGGCGGCCAAAGUGGCGGUGGCCAAAGUGGCAGCGGCCAAGCGGGCGGCAGCCAAAGUGGCGGCGGCCAAGCAGGCAGCGGCCAAAGUGGCGGCGGCCAGGCAGGCGGCAGCGGCGGUGAUGGGACUUUGAGAAGUGAGAUGACACGGCUUCUGCUGCCCACUCACACCGUGCUGGGCCCUGGUGGCAAUGGAAUGAUGUGGUCGCUGCCGCAUAUCCAUGCCGUGUUGGGUCUUGGUGCGAGUGGUGGAAGUCACCGCGGCAGAAGCAGUGGUGGUGUAAGUGGCUGCUGUGGAAGUGGUGGUGGUGGAAGUGGUGGCGACGGUAGCAGUGGUGGCAGAAGAAGUGGUGUUGGAAGAAGUGGAAGCGGUAUCGGCAGUGGCAAUGGGGCCUUAGGAGGCGAGCUACCGCAGCUGCAGCCGCACCUGCAUGCUAUGUUCAGCCCUAACAGCAGCAGUGGUGGGGGGAUGGGAGGCGGUGGAGCAGGUGGAAGGGGCGGCAUUGGUGGGACUUUAUGGGGUGAGCAGGUGCAAGUGCCAUGCAUGCUUAGUGCAUGCAACGGUGGUGAUGGGGCCUCAGGAGCCCAGACGGCCCAGUUGCCGCCGUCUAUGCAUGCCAUAUUUGGCUCAAAUACCCGAGGGGGAAGCAGCAGCAGUGGUGCCGGUAGAGGACGAUUGGGCAAUGGCGGGAAACGGGCCGCAUCUGAUCAGGGACGAGGGAGGGCGAAUAAGGGUGGCAGGCUUGCAGCAAUCCUGGAGUCACUAAAAUGAACGGAAGAUGCAGUGUUGGUUUCACUGCACUGCGGCAACGAGAUUGGUAUGACACAGGUUCCAACGUUGGGAUACUGACACCAUGUCCGUGG